AUGGAGGCCUCGGCUUCAGCCCCAACUUCAGCCCCAGCUUCAGCCGCAACUCCAGCAACCCCGGCCGCAAAGGAUCCGCGGCUGGAGCUGAACAAAAUACAGGUUAAAAAGGCAGUAAAAGCUCUGUUAGCACAUUCAGAGUCCAGAAAAAAUGCGAAUGCAAUGCUUUUGAAUGAGAAUGAAAAUAUGUUUUUAAUGGUGGUGUUGUGGAAAAUCCCAAAGAAAGAACUGCGGGCCAGACUGUAAGUUCCUCAUGCUAUUCGAUCAGACUUAACAGAAAUCUGUCUGUUUACCAAGGAUGAACCCGACUUAACGCCUGAAAAGACAGAGCAGUUCUAUAGGAAUCUUUUGAACAAGCAUAAAAUUAAAACCGUUUCUCAGAUUAUCUCCCUCCGAACUUUGAAACAGGAAUAUAAACCCUAUGAAGCCAAGCUCCGCCUCUUGGGCAGUUUUGACUUCUUCCUGACUGAUGCCAGGAAUGAAGGGCACAGAGCCUGGAACCCAGUCCAGCUGAAAGGAGCUGGAAGCGCCCAGCCCUGCCUCCUCUUUGUCCUGCAAGCACCCACCCACCAGGAGUUGGGCACUGUACGCGUUGGUCACACUGGAAUGAAGAUGCAGCACAUUGUGGAAAACAUCAUUGCAGUCACAAAAGGACUUUCAGAAAAAUUGCCAGAGAAGUGGCAGAGUGUGAAGCUUUUAUACCUGAAAACUGAGAAAUCGGUUGCCCUUCCUGUCUUCUCUUCAUAUGUCAGCUCUUUGGAUGGGAAACAAGUACUCACCCAAGCCCAGAAGAAAAAAGAUGCAAAGAAAAAACAGACAGAAAAGCUCCAGAAAAAGAAAGAGAAGAAAAGGAGAAAAAGAGAAAUGCAGCAGGCCGCAAAGGCUAAUUCAGCCCGAAGUCAAGUAAAGAAGGAUACAGCUGAAAUCCAGAGUGCUGGAGCCCAGAAGGGUGGGGAGACCUCCGAAAAGAAGAAAAAGCGCCACAGAGUGAAAACCCAGCUGAAAGCGGGUGACGACUCCGGGGAUGAAAUUCCACUGCUGGUGCCGAUAAAGAAAACGCCUGCUAAGAACAAAAGCGUAGAGAUGCCAAAGGGUGACAUAGUAAAGAAGUCUCCACAAAAGAGUCCUGCUCCCAACACUCCUCUUAGGAAGAAGAGAAAGGCCACCUCUGCACUGGGGACCCUGAAAGGCACAGAACCAGACUUCCAGGUUACAGGCCCAGCAGAGACGGGGGCCUCAGCUACAGGCCCCCAGAAGAAGCCAAGAAUUCGAGAAGAGACAGCAAAAGAAUCAGCCUCUGCUCUGGGCAAGAAAGACCCAAGGCAGACUCCUAAAAAGCCCGGACCCAAGUUUUUCGCCACUCCUAGUAAAUCUGCCCGGAAAACUCCCCAGAACCCCAAGCAACAGCCCAGAAAACCCAAAGUGCCCCAGUUACACUAA